AUGUGUCUAUGGUUUGUAUUUAUGAUUAUUACACAAUCGGUUGGAGAAGAUAUGCAAUCAUUCCGAAUGUCUUCAAUGCGUGGUUGGAAAUUUCAUUGUACUGGUACACCUUGUUUACCAUUGGUAAGUAUCAUUACGUCGACUAUUAUGAAGUGUCAAAUGGCAUGUUUAGCUCAAGUUUAUUGUAGAGCAGCCAGUUUUCAGAAAUCAACUUCUAAUUGCGAAUUAUUUAGUGAUAUGUCAAAUGAAACUGCAAACAUGCAGCCUGAUACCGACAUUACUAGUAUGAUUGUUAUUGCUGGAACACGAUCUCCACCUGGUUAGUAUGACUACACUAAAUUUAGAAAGAAAAUCAUAUGAAUAUUUGAGAGAGAGAAAAAUGUUUUUUUCUUUUAGUAAGCUUUAUUCAUAAUUAGCUUGUUGAUUAGGAAUAUGUAUAGAGAUGGGCCAUGUAAUGGUUUCCUUUUUUCAUUGACUUUGUACUAUUGGAAAUAUCGAAUAUGAACAAUAAAACAAAAGAUUAAUGCAUCUGUGCAUACUAGUUGAUAUAGAAGUAAUAAAUUAAGGAGAGUACUAUUCAAAGUUAAGUAAAGGAAGAAAGAAAAACUUUUUUUUCUUAAUUUUUACGUAUGAUAAAUGUUGAAGAAAAGUUUUCUUUUUUUUCCUCUUCUUAACUCUGCAGUAAACUCUUCGUCAUUUUCUGAAUUGAUAAGAAAUCAUGAAUGGAUCAG